AUGAGUGUCGAUGGUCUGACUGGUUGCUUACUACUUCCAUCAUCGGGGUGCAGUCAGGUUUCCAGUCUAGAAGAGGAACUCAGAAUGAUCGGAGAGAAUAUGAAAACCCUUGAGGUUUCCGAAGAAAAGGCGCUCUGGAGAGAGGAAAAGUUCCAGACUGAGAUAAAGCUGUUGAUGGUGAAAUUAAAGGGAGCUGACCGUAAACAAGAAUAUGGGGAAAAGAACAUAAACAAACUAAAUCACAGAAUUGAUGAGAUUGAAGACGACAUUGUCCGGCAGAAGUUGAAAGUGCAGAAGGUUGCUAAUGAAAUGGAUGAUACAUUCGACGAUAUGAUGGUUAACUAUUGA